CAUGUAUGUAAAGCUAAGCGUACCAAGUGGCCGUGCAACUCUUCAGAGCUGGUUGUUUGAACAUGGGAGAGAAAGCCUCCAUGGAUUCGGUUCCACCUGCAGCUGACAAUCUUUGCUAUGUCCGUUGCAACUUCUGCAACACUGUUCUUGCUGUUGGGAUCCCAUGCAAAAGGUUACUGGACACAGUGACAGUGAAAUGCGGGCAUUGCAGUAACCUCUCCUUUCUCAGCACAAGGGGCCAAUGUUUUGAUCAUCAACCUAGUCUUCAGGGUUUUGGGCCUUUUGGCAGUGAAAUCAAGAAGGGUUCUCCUUCAUCGUCUUCAUCAACUUCAAGCGAGCCAGUCUCCCCUAGAGCACCCUUUGUUGUAAAACCACCUGAGAAGAAGCAUAGGCUACCAUCUGCCUACAACCGAUUCAUGAAGGAGGAGAUACAGCGCAUCAAAGCAGCCAAUCCUGAGAUACCACAUCGUGAAGCCUUUAGCGCCGCAGCAAAAAAUUGGGCUAGGUACAUUCCAAAUUCACCAGGUGGGCCAAUGUCCGGGAGCUGCAGUAACCAUGACCAGGAGUGACUAAUUAAUGGGUACUAAUCAAGAAUCAACAACCGGAUGCUAUUGAAUCAACUGAUCGAAGACAACUACUCAGUCACUUAAUUAAUUACUACUUAAUUAAUUAGGUCCAUUUGCUUGAUUUCAACUUGUUAUCUACUUAGUUACUCUGCUUCAGGCUCGAUGGCACUUAUUAAUUACUAGAUUAAUUAAAUGCUGUACUGGAUGAUAAUCCUUAAUUAGUUAUGCUUCUGCUUAAUUAAUUAAUUAUGCACGUAAA